UAUUAUUAGCGCUUCGCUCCGCCCUCCUACCUGUAAAUCUCCCCGCUUUCCUCUGGAGCGGUUCUGACAGGCGCUCUCAGCUGGCCGCUCCGUGCCAGGGCUGCAGGGGACCGAAUGGACACAGUGACAUCCAGCCGAGCGCUCGUCCUUUUACGCAGAAUUGACAACAAUAACGCCCGCAAGAAUAUGUAGAUUUCGGCACUGCAGUGGCGGUAAACCAACUGUAGGAGUUAACUAUAUAUCUGUGUAUUUUUCGUUUUGUGGCAAACCGUUCACAGUCGAUUUACUCUGAAAGAAAAGUGACAUUGAUUCUCUGCCUGAUGAUCGUAAGGAUCCCUGAAUGGAAGACGGCUAGAGAGGUCGCCUCCCCGAGAACAGGCUGUUGACAUUUUUCAUUGUCGCUGUGUUUACCACUCUCCGAGACAUCAUUGGCAGCCUCGACGGCUGCAAAACGACGCCGUCUUUACCAUGGCUUUUGGCGUGAAAGAGCCAGAAACCCCCUCAGAUUGAGAAGCGCCUAAGAUUCGACAUUAUUGCGGAUUUAAAUGCCUCUCUCCAAGGGCCACCGACCCGCUAUUUUAGUCAGGUUCGCGUGUGCGGUGUCUCACGCUGUCACGAAUAAACAAUUCAUAGGCUGCUAAAUUACAGAAAGAGACUCCAUCGGGUGGGUGAACAUAAUCUACAGCGAAGAGGGGAUUUUUUUUCAAGCAAUAUGGCUGGUGAGUGGGGCUGGGGACGCUGGCACAGGCUCUCCAAGGCUCCUAAAUGCUAGCUGAGGCAGAUGGCACCGUUCCCCAUGGAAGCGACAGCUCUAUGAGGACAAGCAAUAUCAUUAAUAACAAAAAUCCGGACUCUUCAAUCUUAAUAUCCAAGAUGGAAGACGUUGUCAUCCCGUUCUCGUCUGAGGUGCCCUGCGACAAUAAUGGACAGCGCAUGUGGUGGGCAUUCCUCGCCUCCUCCAUGGUGACGUUUUUUGGGGGUCUCUUCAUCAUCCUGCUGUGGAGGACCCUAAAAUAUAUGUGGACUGUUUGCUGCCAUUGCAACAUCAAAACCAAGGAGGCUCAGAAGGUGAACAACCCCGCCAACAAUCAGGCAGCAGACAGACCAAAGGGUGCUGAUGAGAAGGAGGAGGUCCCAGCCAGCGAAGUGGGAUGGAUGACUUCAGUCAAAGACUGGGCUGGUGUCAUGAUCUCUGCUCAGACGCUCACUGGCAGAGUUCUGGUGGUGUUAGUCUUUGCGCUCAGUAUCGGGGCCCUUGGAAUAUACUUUAUAGACUCCUCAGAUCCUAUAGAAUCCUGCCAGCACUUCUACAAAGACUUCACGUUGCAGAUCGAUAUGGCCUUCAACGUCUUCUUCCUUCUUUACUUUGGCCUGCGGUUUAUAGCAGCCAAUGAUAAGCUGUGGUUCUGGCUGGAGGUCAACUCAGUGGUCGACUUCUUCACUGUUCCUCCUGUGUUUGUCUCUGUCUACUUGAACAGAAGCUGGCUUGGUUUAAGAUUCCUCAGAGCACUAAGAUUGAUACAGUUCUCGGAAAUCUUACAGUUCUUGAAUAUCUUGAAAACAAGCAAUUCCAUUAAGCUGGUGAACCUGUGUUCCAUCUUCAUAAGCACAUGGCUCACAGCUGCUGGGUUCAUACAUUUGGUAGAAAACUCAGGGGAUCCUUGGGAAAACUUCCAGAAUUCCCAGUCACUUUCCUAUUGGGAAUGUGUCUACCUAUUGAUGGUGACGAUGUCUACAGUGGGCUACGGGGAUGUCUAUGCAAAAACCACCUUGGGGCGCCUGUUUAUGGUCUUCUUCAUCCUUGGUGGUUUGGCCAUGUUUGCCAGCUACGUCCCUGAAAUCAUAGAGUUAAUAGGAAACCGCAAGAAAUAUGGUGGUUCCUAUAGUGCGGUUAAUGGGAGAAAGCAUAUUGUGGUCUGUGGUCAUAUUACCCUCGAAAGUGUCUCCAACUUCCUCAAAGACUUCCUACACAAGGACAGGGAUGAUGUCAAUGUAGAAAUUGUUUUUCUCCAUAAUAUUUCCCCUAAUCUUGAGCUGGAAGCCUUGUUCAAACGCCACUUUACCCAAGUAGAGUUCUACCAGGGAUCUGUUCUCAACCCUCACGACCUGGCCAGAGUGAAGAUCGAGUCAGCAGAUGCCUGCUUAAUCCUAGCCAACAAAUAUUGUGCAGAUCCAGAUGCUGAAGAUGCCUCUAACAUCAUGAGGGUUAUUUCGAUCAAGAACUACCAUCCUAAGAUCAGAAUAAUCACACAGAUGUUACAAUAUCACAACAAGGCCCAUCUGCUGAACAUUCCAAGCUGGAACUGGAAGGAGGGUGACGAUGCUAUCUGCCUGGCUGAGCUGAAGGCAGGCUUCAUAGCCCAGAGCUGUCUGGCCCAGGGCCUGUCGACCAUGCUAGCCAACCUCUUCUCCAUGAGAUCCUUUAUUGAGAUUGAGGAGGACACAUGGCAGAAGUAUUACCUAGAAGGAGUGGCUAAUGAGAUGUACACAGAGUAUUUGUCCAGUGCCUUUGUGGGCCUCUCCUUCCCCACUAUCUGUGAGCUGUGUUACGUGAAGCUGAAGCUUUUGCUCAUUGCCAUCGAAUACAAGUCUGAGCAGAGAGAGAGCAGCAUCCUCAUCAACCCCGGCAACCAUGUCAAGAUGCAGGAGGGAACACUGGGAUUCUUUAUCGCCAGUGAUGCCAAAGAAGUAAAGAGAGCAUUUUUCUACUGCAAAGCUUGUCAUGACGACAUCACAGACCCUAAGCGGAUCAAGAAGUGUGGCUGCAAACGACUGAUUUAUUCCAAGAUGUCCGUCUACAAACGAAUGAAACUGGCAUGUUGUUUUGAUUGCGGCCGUUCAGAGCAAGACUGCUCUUGCAUGUCAGGCAGUGUACAUAGUAACAUGGACACCCUUCAGAGGGCCUACCCACUUUCCUCUGUCUCUGUUCAUGAUUGCCCAACCACUUUACGUGCAUUCUCCUCAGCCAAAUAUAAGUAUAAUGGAUAUGUCAGAUCACCAGCAGAUGGCGCUACAACACCAGGGAACAGUGGAAGUCAAAAAGAGGCUGGCGUUCGAUUCAAAGCUGAUUGCAAUUUAGUUGAAGACGAGCAUCCAUCAACUCUCUCGCCCAAAAAAAAGCAACGCAACGGAGGGAUGCGAAACUCACCCAACUGCUCGCCCAAAAUGAUGAGUCGACACGACCCCCUUCUAAUUCCUGGAAAUGAGCAAAUCGAGAGCAUGGACAUGAACGUGAAGAGGUAUGACUCGACAGGGAUGUUUCACUGGUGCCCAUCAAAGGACAUCGAAAAAGUCAUCCUGACCCGGAGUGAAGCCUCCAUGACAGUGCUGAGCGGCCAUGUGGUGGUCUGUAUAUUUGGGGAUGUCACGUCCGCUUUAGUGGGGCUGCGAAACUUGGUGAUGCCUUUAAGAGCCAGCAACUUCCAUUACCACGAGCUAAAGCCUAUAGUUUUUGUGGGCUCGCUGGAUUACCUGCGGAGAGAGUGGGAGACUUUACACAACUUCCCCAAGGUCUCCAUCUUACCUGGUACACCAUUAAGUCGGGCAGAUUUAAGGGCUGUCAACAUCAACCUCUGCGACAUGUGCGUAAUACUGUCAGCCAAUCAGAACAAUAUCGAAGAUGCCUCACUGCAGGAUAAGGAAUGCAUCUUGGCAUCACUCAACAUCAAAUCUAUGCAGUUUGAUGACAGCAUUGGGGUCUUACAGGCUAAUUCCCAAGGUUUCACGCCUCCUGGAAUGGACAGGUCAUCUCCAGACAGCAGUCCAGUACAUGGCUUUGUGCGUCAGGCUUCUGUCACCACCGGAUCCAACAUCCCCAUCAUCACAGAGCUAGUGAACGACUCAAACGUUCAGUUCCUGGACCAAGAUGAUGAUGACGACCCAGACACAGAGCUGUACCUCACUCAGCCCUUCGCCUGCGGCACCGCCUUCGCUGUCAGUGUACUUGACUCCCUGAUGAGCGCGACAUACUUCAAUGAUAACAUCCUCACGCUGAUUCGGACACUGGUCACAGGGGGAGCCACACCAGAGCUGGAGGGCCUGUUGGCUGAGGAGAAUGCUCUCAGAGGAGGCUACAGCACACCGCAGACACUGGCCAAUAGAGACAGGUGUCGCGUCGCCCAGCUAGCCCUCUACGAUGGGCCAUUUGCCGACUUGGGGGAUGGCGGCUGCUACGGGGAUUUGUUCUGUAAAGCAUUGAAGACGUACAACAUGCUGUGUUUUGGAAUCUACAGAUUAAGAGACGCUCAUCUCAAUGCACCAAGCGGGUGUACAAAACGAUAUGUGAUCACGAACCCACCGUAUGAGUUUGAGCUCGUGCCCACAGACCUGAUCUUCUGCCUCAUGCAGUUUGACCACAACGCAGGCCAGUCCCGGACAAGCUUGUCCCACUCUUCCCACUCCUCCCAUUCCUCCAGCAAAAAGAGAUCCUCCGUCCACUCCAUCCCUCCCUCCAACCGGCAGAACCGCAGCAGUAAGACCCGGGAGGCCCGCGACAAACAGAAUGCAACAAGGAUGAAUAGAAUGGGCCAAGAAAAGAAAUGGUUUACAGAUGAACCAGAAAAUGCCUACCCACGGAACAUUCAGAUCAAGCCCAUGAGCACUCACAUGGCCAACCAAGUCAACCAAUACAAAUCCACUAGUAGUCUGAUUCCACCAAUCAGAGAAGUUGAAGAUGAAUGCUGAACACAGGGUUUUCUUGCUGACUCACCAGACAUCUGUAUGCUCUUUCAAAAGAGAUGGGAAGAGAUCACCCGUGGAGGAGGGGUGAUGCUGAGGACAGGGAUGUUGAAGACUGACACAUUUCUCUUCACUAAUUCUUCUAAUCAAGGUCUGGACAGGAACCCAAACUGGAGGGGACCUCCUAUGUGUAUACCUUUAAUGUUACUUCCAUGCUCUUGGACAUCGUUUUAUUUAUUUAUGUAUCCAUAGUGUUGUACAUAAUGACAAUCAAAUAAGGAUUGUACAGCCCCUUCCCCCUAGCACUUUUUGGAAUUAUUUUAAGAGUAUAAAAAAAAAGAGUACUUCCUGUAAUUCUUUGCAAUAGUUCGCCUCUUCGUGUGACCAGACUCCCUGGCUAAGGUGACUGGUUAUCGGAGGAUGAGGGUUGCAAUGAUAAACUGAUCAUAUCAUCUCCCAAAGAUCCGCCCAGAUGCGUCAUGUCAAGUCAGCUGGGUUCAUCAUCUUCAUAUCUCCUGUCUGCUUCUGUUCUAUUUGCACUAAAACUGAAGUUACUUUUGAUAGAACAACUGGAACCAUCAUAUUCUUCCCUCAAAUAAAAUGUUGCUGAGGAGAGGAAAGAAGGGAGGGAGGGCUGCUUGGCUUCGGAGGCAUACUAAUCUUGUUUUUACGUUGUUAUACAUUAUGCCAUUGCUUAAGGUUUGCUACUUCACCGUUGACUUGUCAUGUUGAGUGAGAGCAUUCCAGUCCUGUAUAACAAACUCAUUUUGCAAAACAGUAGUCUAAAAACUCAGAGAAUGGUGCAGCAUUGGUGUUUGCUGGCUGACAGAGAACCCUGUUCCUUCUGCUGAUACAUCAGAUCAUAAAGCCUGCGACUCUGUUUUAAGCUCCUAUCGCAUGAUCUGUGCCUGAGCCCCCUCUAUAACAGAUGCAGUGUGGUUGAUCAACCUGAAUACAUGAGAUGGAUGAAAGACAACCUACCCUGUCCUUCAUGCGUUCAGGAGCAUUUACAUUAUGUACAAGCUUUAUGUUUAUAUGUGUGCAUUGCAGCCACUUGUCCUUCUGGUGUUGCGCUGAUCAGUGCUGUCACCUCCUCCAUCGGCUUGUAUGUGAUAGUGCACCUUUUGAAGGAACAGCAUGUGGGAUAUAAAUGAACGUCAUAGGGGAAAAAACUGUAGAAGAGUCUAGAGGGUUUGGAUCUACUAACAAAAAUAUUAUGUUGCAUCAGGAACCAAACCAAAAUCCCCAACUAUGUUUGAGCUAACACGAACAGCAGCUGCGUGCCCACCAUUGACGCUUUGCCGUGAUACCUGCGGCAACAUUGGGAUCACAACGAAGAGUGGUGUAUUUUCUGAAUGUUUUGUCUGUUACAAGAAGUUAAUGUCUGAGGAAAGAAAUGCCACAUAUUGCAUAAAAGUGGGCAUCAAUGGGUCCUCCUUUGAUCAGAGCAUCUGCCUGGCACGGGUUUGGCACAGAGGCAGUAAAGCGCUUGGAUGUUCUCUGUUGCCAAUCCAGAUGUCACACGCCUCAAAACUCUGAGGAGUUUAGCUGCUGUGUUCAGUCCUCUAACAUGGAAAAUGCUCAAACAUAGUUGGGUGGAAAUGCAACAAUGCCGCAGACUGCUAUUAAGGACACUGAAGAGGAACCUGUGUUUUUUUUUUUAUGCUAGCCUGUGUGUGACGUGUAUAUUGUGCACAUGUUUAGGCACUGACUAGAUCCAAAUCCAGCUGCGACAGUGAUGGAGGAUUGAGGUGAUAGCCUUAUACUCCUCAUACAUAAACUUCACACAAAUAUGUAGUUGGAUUUAUACACUUAAAACACAAUUAUUUUGUAUCCAUGAACAUAAUCAAUUUGUACUUAUUUUUCUAGACAAGAACCAAGUGAAAAGUAGUAGAGGAGAUAUAAAGACUCAAAUAAUAUCUUUAAUUACAACAACAUAUCAAAGGGUUCUGUGUUUGACUAUAUCACCAUUUAUUUCACAUCGUACCAAAACAAACGAUUAUUUUUUUAUCCCCCUGCCCUCUCUUGAACAAACUGCAUCACUCUGGAGCCAAUAAAGCUUAGACUAGCUUGCAUUGUGAAACCACCAUCUUCAGCCUGGCAGCUCAGCUCUGUUGAGUGCUUGCAGAAAUAAAUUAAGGCUCAUCUGAAUCCUCUUUUAGUUGCACAGAUGAGCUGUCUCUACUAAAUAAUGUGUCUACUACUAAGCAUCCCUAGCUGUAAACAUGCAGAUGGAAAGAUAGGUAUAAAGGAAUUAAGUAUUGGGGGUAAGUGUUGUAUUCAGAUGGAGAGCAGAGUGUGUUUGACCUAAAUUAGGUCCCUAGUGUGGAGGAAGAGAGUGUACACUACAGCAAAGUGUGCAGGUGUUUUCCACAAAAUAUGAUUUCAAAUAUGACAGGAAGAUGCUGUCUGUUUAUUGAAUUAAUUCUCCUCUAUAGGCUGUAAAGAAAAGUAAUUCGAAAAAAGAAGUUAGAAUUUUGGAAUAUCUGAACAUUAUUGUGCUAAAUAUGUUUGUGUAAACUCAACCCAUUAUAUAGACCACAUUUCUUUUUCAAACAAAAUGAUAUGAGCUUCUAUGUCUGUCUAUUGGGUGUGGUGCAACUAUACUGAAGCCUCAUACACAUUGUCCUGAAGUGAACUUUUGAACUGUGAUUACAUCGUUGUCACACUUUGUAGCAAAUAGAUUUCUUUUCAGAAAAUAUGUGAGUAAAAUGUAUGUAUAAUUGGGCUGUUAAUGGCAUACUUGCUAGCCUGAACAAUAAGGAACUAUUAAUAUUUGAUAAUGGCUAUGACUCAUUAUACAUAGAAUCGACAAACUGAUUGUUAUGUUGAAAAAAAAAAAAGACAAAUGUGUAUGUUGAAAAUGAAAGAUGCUGGAUUAUUGUAGGAAUGCGAAAACUAUUAAACAAGUAGUAAAGACA